AUUCCAAUAUUUAUUCAUUGGGCAUCUCCUCACGGGUCCAUGAUUCCUCUUUACAACAUGGCUACUUCUUGUCUGUCCGUCUAUAGCAGCUCUCACCUUUCGAUUUUUCCUAUAUACUUUGUCCACUAUUUGCUCUUUUGUCUUAGCCACUAAAUUCAACCAAACACAAUGUCCUCUUUCUCUACUUCUUCUUCCACAAAUUUUAUGUUCCUCUACUUCUUCCUCAAUUUACCCUUCUCCAAUUCUCUGCUCAAGUCCCUACCCAUCAAUGCAACCGUCCGACGGGCGCCUCGACAACUCUCUGUGAACUACUAUGCCAAAUCAUGCCCUCAGGUUGAAUCACUUGUUGGCUCUGUAACCUCCAACAUGUUCAAAGAAGCCCCUGCCUCUGGCCCUGCCACCAUUCGCCUAUUCUUUCACGAUUGCUUUGUUGAAGGGUGUGAUGGGUCAAUAUUGAUAUCAAGUAAAGCAGGAAGCAAAGAGUUAGCAGAGAAAGAUGCAGAAGAUAACAAGGAUUUAGCAAAGGAAGCAUAUGAGGGCAUAAAUAAAGCCAAAGCUAUGGUGGAAAGCAAGUGUCCUGGUGUUGUUUCAUGCGCAGACAUUCUUGCCAUUGCCACUAGAGAUUUUGUCCACUAUGUUGGAGGACCCUAUUAUCAAGUGAAGAAAGGAAGAUGGGAUGGGAAGAUAUCGAAGGCAUCAAGGGUGCACCAAAAUCUUCCUCAAUCAAACUCAACAGUGGACCAACUUUUGAAACUUUUUUCCUCUAAAGGGCUCACCCCAAAUGACCUUGUGGUCCUCUCUGGUGCCCACUCAAUAGGUUUUGCUCAUUGCAAGCAAUUUGUGAAUAGAAUUUAUGACUAUAAAGGUACCAAAAAACCUGACCCUAAUAUGGACCCAAGACUCUAUAAGGCCCUCAAAAUGACUUGUCCACAAUUUGGUGGAAAUGUUGAUAUUGUAGCACCAUUUGAUGUGACAACACCUUUCUCAUUUGACAAUGCUUAUUAUGGGAAUUUGGAGGCAAAAUUGGGAUUGUUGGCUUCUGAUCAAGCUUUGUCUUUGGACCCUAGGACUAAGUCAUUGGUUCAAGAAUUGGCAAAGGAUAAACAUAAGUUUUUUCAGGCUUUUGCCACUGCUAUGGACAAAUUGGGAAGUAUUGGGGUGAAAAGGGGAAGAAAGCAUGGGGAAUUUAGAAAAGAUUGCACUAUGCAUCAUGUAUGA